AUGACAGGACACGUGUCACACUUUUCAGACCAGCUGAAGUUUGGUAACGCCUCCAUCAUCAUCAGAAACACCAAGGUGGCCGACAGUGGAGACUACACCUGUGAUUUUCCAUUUCAUCAACCAGACAGAGAAACAUUUAACGUCACCCUCGUUGUUGGUGCAGCUCCGAAGCCGUUUGUUGGGAUCCUGAACAUCAGCGAGGUCGGGGUGCAGCUGAAGUGUGAGGUCAGAGGUGCUUCUCCAACGCUGAGAGUAGAGUGGAGAGACAGCGAUGGGAACAUCCUUCCUGCUGAGGAGCCACAGGUGUCACACACAGGAGAGCGCUAUGACAUCACCCUCCUCACCACGGUGACCAGGACAAACAGCAACCUCUUCCACUGUGUAGCCACACAGGAGGAGAUGGGCCACCGAGCUGCUGACGAGAUCUUUGUUCCAGACCAGCUGUUUGAGUCGUGCGGUGGAGACAGAGCGCUCAUAAUUUCAUUUGUUUGUGGAAUUCUCUCUGCGGUCGUGCUGAUAGCUGUGUAUAUGUGUUUCCUCUACUUUACUGUGUAA